UAAGUAACAAAGAAACGAGUCUGCCCAAGUUGUUUACAUGUCGGUGUACCUUAUGACUUUUUGUUUAAGAACUUAACGUUUUAUUUAUCUUAUAUGAUCUCAUUAUAAAUGCUGUCAUCAUGACAACAGUUAGCUUGAAUACUUCAGUCUACCAGACAUUGCUAAAGAAUAUUUGUUCUUAACGGAUCAUUUACAGAAAUCAUGAAGUUUUUCAAGGUAAACAUUCCUAGAGAAUAUGCAGAGUCAGCUGUUAGUAUCAUUCUGCGGGUACCAGCACUGUUUAUAUUGGAAGCCUGGUACAAGUCUGAUCCAGAUAUUGCUUUACAGAAUACUGAAGAUGUUGUGGCUAUUGCUUACUGUGUUUAUUACAGUAUUGUGUUGGUAGCUCUGGCUCUAGCUACAAUUCCUCUAGAGAAACUUGUCAUGACUUACAUGUAUGCUAUCAGUAUAGGAUUGAUCUACGGGGCGUAUUAUCUGUCCGACAUUUAUGUGAAGGUGGAGGAGAGUAGUGGCAUCGAGGUCAGUAAAGGAUUGUUUGCUGCACUGAGAGACUAUCAUGUAGGGAAGAGGAUGUUACUUCAUCUAUGUGCUCAGUGUGCCAUCGCUACAGUAACAGCAUAUCUUGUUGACAUCAAAGAUUGGACAAAGUACACACUGCUAGUGUUUACACUGCCCAUCAUCGCAAGAUUAUGUGGUCUUCCAGUUAGAGAUUUACAUGCAGUACACAACUUUAGUGUGAUAUUUACUGUAAUCAUGACAGUAUUUUAUACUUUUAACACUUGUGGGUCAGGAUUACGUGUCUUGCGUGACGGUUUUGAACAGGUGCAUGAAACUGUGUCUGCAUUUGGUUGGAUACCUGUGAUUAUAACAUACUGGCAUGCAGUGAUGCUACCAGUACAGCUACUAAUCUUCUGGAUGUGUCUAUUUUCAUGUCAGAUUUUCGUAUUCUUCAAAUCAAAAAAUAUAUCCACUGAUGGGCUAAUGUUGUUUCUAUUGGCAGCCAUGGGCGAGUGUUGUGCCACACCUGUUAGCCUGUUUGCAUUGUGUAUAACUAUUUCUUACUUAUCAUACUAUAUACUUACACUAACUAAAGUGUUUCUGCUGGGAUGGGACGGUCUAGUACAGGACAAUGACCUGUUACGUGGCUGGACUGAAGGGUUCACUAUGAUGCUUAUAGCAUUGCAGACUGGUUUACUGGACCUUAACCCUCUUGAACGUGCCUUUCUGAUGAGCAUAUUGCUGUUCAUUGUUGUGUCAUCAUUGGUACAAUCAAUGUAUGAAAUAACUGAUCCAAUUUUACUGGUGCUUAGUGCGUCACACAGUCGUAGUAUCACGAAACAUUUAAGAGUGCUAGCUUUAUGUACCGUUCUCUGGGUUUUACCAUUGUACAUGACUUAUGCCAUAUGUCAGUAUUUUAGUCUAGAUUUUUGGUUGAUGAUUAUCAUAUCAAGUUGUAUAUUAACAUCUGUGCAAGUUAUCGGGUCAUUGUUAAUUUAUUGGUUGUUCUUGUAUGAUACAUUUAGAACAGAGACAUGGGAAAGACUGGAUGAUGUUGUUUACUAUAUUAGAUCAACUGUGAGAGUCUUAGAAUUUGUUGUUGCAGUCUUUGUCGUCUGCUUCGGAAUUAAAGAAUCAUUAUAUUCUGAAUGGAGCUGGAUAAAUUCUGGUAUACUGAUAAUUCAUUGUUAUUUUAAUGUAUGGCAAAGGUUACAAGCAGGGUGGAAGACGUUUCUCCUACGACGUGAAGCUGUUCAUAAAAUUGAAUCACUUCCGGAGGCAACCGAGGAACAGCUUUCUCAUCAUAAUGAUGUAUGUGCCAUAUGUUUUCAAGCAUUAACCUCCGCACGUGUAACCUCCUGCGGACAUUUCUUCCAUGGAUGCUGUUUAAGAAAAUGGCUGUAUGUUAAAGACUCUUGUCCACUGUGUCAUCAAUCUAUUAGUGAUCCUAAUGCUGAGGAUAAAAGUAAACGUGUAAAUUUAGAAAAUAUAAAUGAUUUUGUUGACAAUGAACUGACUGACACAGAAACGGAGGAGGAAGAUGAUGUUGAUGAUGAGGAGGAUGGCUCUAGUACUUGUAAUGAGGAAGAGGAAAUGGUGAUGACUCAUCUAAAUUAAACAAGUUUAGAUAUAACAUGAAAACCUGUCAGAAACCUAGAUAAAUCCAGUUGUAUGUUAAUGUAUGAUCUGUAAUACAGAUGUAAAAUUUUCUUGGUUUUGGUGAUAUAAUAUUGUUUUUAAUGAAUAAGUUUUUGUUUUUGUGUCAUUGACAGAAUCUAAAGAGAUAAUGAGGCAUAUGUUUUUUUGUUUCAUUGAGGUAUGUUAAUUUAUGGAAUCUAAAGAAAUAAUUUUUUUCAUUAGUUUUUAGCUCACCUGUCACAAAGUGACAGGGUGAGCUUUUGUGAUCGCUUUUCGUCCGGCGUCCGUCCGGCGUCCGUCCGUCCGUAAACUUUUACUUUAAAUGACAUCUCCUCAUAAACCACUAAGCCAAUUUCAUCCAAACUUCACAGGAAUGUUCCUUUGGUGGUCACCUUUAAAAAUUGUUCAAAGAAUUUAAUUCCAUGCAAAACUCUGGUUGCCAUGGCAACCGAAAGAAAAAACUUUAAAUAUCUUCUUUUAAAAAACCAUAAGAGCUAGAGCUUAGAUAUUUGGCAUGAAACAUCUUCUAGUGAGUGUCUACCAAGUUUGUUCAAAUAAAAGCCCUGGGGUCAAAAUUGGCCCCGCCCCGGGGGGUCAUUGAUUUUCCCUAUACAUUGUAUGCAUAUAGUAAAAACUUAAAAAAUCUUCUUGUAAAGAACCCAAAGAGCUAGAGCUAAGAUAUUUAGCAUGAAACAUGUUCUAAUGGGUGUCUACCAAGUUUGUUCAAAUAAAAGCCCUGGGGUGAAAAUUGGCCCCGCCCCGGGGGUCAUUGAUUUUCCCUAUAUGCAUAUAGUAAAAACUUAAAAAAUCUUCUUUUAAAGAACUCAAAGAGCUAGAGCUUAGAUAUUUGGCAUGAAACAUCUUCUAGUGAGUGUCUACCAAGUUUGUUCAAAUAAAAGCCCUGGGGUCAAAAUUGGCCCCGCCCCGGGGGUCAUUGAUUUUACCUAUAUGCAUAUAGUAAAAACUUAAAAAAUCUUCUUUUAAAGAACCCAAAGAGCUAGAGCUUAGAUAUUUAGCAUGAAACAUGUUCUAAUGGGUGUCUACCAAGUUUGUUCAAAUAAAAGCCCUGGGGUGAAAAUUGGCCCCGCCCCGGGGGUCAUUGAUUUUCCCUAUAUGCAUAUAGUAAAAACUUAAAAAAUCUUCUUUUAUAGAACUCAAAGAGCUAGAGCUUAGAUAUUUGGCAUGAAACAUCUUCUAGUGUGUGUCUACCAAGUUUGUUCAAAUAAAGGCCCUGGGGUCAAAAUUGGCCCCGCCCCGGGGGUCAUUGAUUUUCCCUAUAUGCAUAUAGUAAAAACUUAAAAAAUCUUCUUGUAAAGAACCCAAAGAGCUAGAGCUAAGAUAUUUAGCAUGAAACAUGUUCUAAUGGGUGUCUACCAAGUUUGUUCAAAUAAAAGCCCUGGGGUGAAAAUUGGCCCCGCCCCGGGGGGGUCAUUGAUUUUCCCUAUAUGCAUAUAGUAAAAACUUAAAAAAUCUUCUUUUAAAGAACUCAAAGAGCUAUGGCUAAGAUAUUGAGCAUCAAACAUGUUCUAAUAGGUGUCUACCAAGUUUGUUCAAAUAAAAGCCCUGGGGUCAAAAUUGGCCCCGCCCCGGGGGGUCAUUGAUUUUCCCUAUACAUUGUAUGCAUAUAGUAAAAACUUAAAAAAUCUUCUUGUAAAGAACCCAAAGAGCUAGAGCUAAGAUAUUUAGCAUGAAACAUGUUCUAAUGGGUGUCUACCAAGUUUGUUCAAAUAAAAGCCCUGGGGUGAAAAUUGGCCCCGCCCCGGGGGUCAUUGAUUUUCCCUAUAUGCAUAUAGUAAAAACUUAAAAAAUCUUCUUUUAAAGAACUCAAAGAGCUAGAGCUUAGAUAUUUGGCAUGAAACAUCUUCUAGUGAGUGUCUACCAAGUUUGUUCAAAUAAAAGCCCUGGGGUCAAAAUUGGCCCCGCCCCGGGGGUCAUUGAUUUUACCUAUAUGCAUAUAGUAAAAACUUAAAAAAUCUUCUUUUAAAGAACCCAAAGAGCUAGAGCUUAGAUAUUUAGCAUGAAACAUGUUCUAAUGGGUGUCUACCAAGUUUGUUCAAAUAAAAGCCCUGGGGUGAAAAUUUGCCCCGCCCCGGGGGUCAUUGAUUUUCCCUAUAUGCAUAUAGUAAAAACUUAAAAAUCUUCUUUUAUAGAACUCAAAGAGCUAGAGCUUAAAUAUUUGGCAUGAAACAUCUUCUAGUGUGUGUCUACCAAGUUUGUUCAAAUAAAGGCCCUGGGGUCAAAAUUGGCCCCGCCCCGGGGGGUCAUUGAUUUUCCCUAUAUGCAUAUAGUAAAAACUUAAAAAUCUUCUUGUAAAGAACCCAAAGAGCUAGAGCUAAGAUAUUUAGCAUGAAACAUGUUCUAAUGGGUGUCUACCAAGUUUGUUCAAAUAAAAGCCCUGGGGUGAAAAUUGCCCCCCCCCCCCUGGGGGUCAUUGAUUUUCCCUAUAUGCAUAUAGUAAAAACUUAAAAAAUCUUCUUUUAAAGAACUCAAAGAGCUAUGGCUAAGAUAUUGAGCAUCAAACAUGUUCUAAUAGGUGUCUACCAAGUUUGUUCAAAUACAAGCCCAGGGGUCAAAAUUUGCCCCGCCCCGGGGGUCAUUGAUUUUCUUUAUAUGUGUUUAGCAAAAACUUUAAAUCUUCUUUGAAAAAACCCAAAUAGCUAGAGUUUAGAUAUUAAGCAUGAAACAUCUUCUAGUAAGUGUCUACAAAGAUUGUUCAAAUAAAAGCCCUGGGGUCAAAACUGGCCUGGCCCCAGGGGUGUCAUUGUUUUUAACUAUAUGUGUAUAGUAAAAACUUAAAAAAAACUUCUUUUAAAAAGCCCAAUGAGCUAGAGCUUAAAUGUUUAGCAUGAAACAUCUUCUUAUGGGUGUCUACCAAGUUUGUGCAAAUAAAAGCCCUUGGGUUAAAUUGGCUCUGCAACGUUGGGGGGGGGGGGGUUGGGGGGCCUAUAU